ACUGCCUCACCAGCUAAAGACAGACACACUCAUUACGUCUAUAAUCGCAACGCUUGAUUGUUGUCUUGGUUUCCCAGCCUCGAUUCCUUACUGAUGAGGGACUUUCGGCCCGACUGACACAGGGAGAUGGGGGUACACAACAUUUCAGACCAGCCGCCUCUGGUCCAGGCCAUAUUUAAUAGAAAUGCAGAAGAAGUGAAGUUAUUUUUGCACAAGAAAGAUGAAGUCAAUGCACUGGACCAAGAGCGCCGCACACCUCUUCAUGCUGCUGCCUGGCUGGGGGACGUUCAUAUAAUGGAGCUUCUCAUCACCGCAGGUGCGAAUGUCAAUGCAAAGGACCAUGUGUGGCUUACUCCAUUGCACAGAGCAGCUGCUUCCAGAAAUGAGAGAGCUGUUGCGCUGCUGCUAAGGAAGGGAGCUGACGUUACCGUGCGGGAUAAAUUCUGGCAGACACCACUGCACAUUGCGGCGGCCAACCGAGCCAUGCGUUGCGUCGAGACCCUGCUGCCCCAUGUGAGCAGCCUGAAUAUGGCCGACCGCACAGGCAGAGCGCCCCUGCAUCACGCUGCUCAGAGUGGAUACCAGGAGAUGGUUAAAUUGCUGCUGAACAAGGGAGCCAAUCUGAGUGCCAGUGACAAGAAGGAUAGGCAGCCCAUUCAUUGGGCAGCUUACCUCGGACAUCUGGAGGUGGUUAAGCUGCUUGCGUCUCAGGGCUCAGAUAAGAGCUGUAAGGAUAAGCGGGGAUACACCCCUCUCCACGCUGCUGCUGCCAGUGGCCACGUCGAUGUGGUCAAGUACCUGUUACGCAAUGGAGCCGAGAUUGAUGAGCCUAAUGCCUUUGGAAACACUGCUCUCCAUGUGGCCUGCUACACGGGACAGGAAGCCGUAGCCAACGAGCUGGUCAACCGUGGGGCCAACGUCAACCAGCCCAACCACCGCGGCUACACGCCCCUGCACCUGGCUGCCGUGUCCACUAACGGGGCUCUCUGCCUGGAGCUGCUGGUCAACAACGGUGCUGAUGUCAACAUGCAGAGUAAAGAAGGGAAAAGCCCUUUGCACAUGGCAGCCAUUCAUGGACGUUUCACUCGCUCUCAGAUCCUCAUACAAAAUGGUGGGGAGAUAGAUUGUGUGGACAGAUAUGGCAAUACACCACUUCAUGUUGCUGCCAAGUACGGCCACGAGCUGCUUAUCAGCACCUUAAUGACAAAUGGUGCUGACACAGCCAGACAAGGGAUUCAUGGGAUGUUUCCUCUACACUUAGCUGUGCUCUACGGGUCCUCUGACUGUUGUCGUAAACUACUUUCCUCAGGUCAGCUCUACAGCAUUGUGUUGUCAAUGAGUAAAGAACACGUGCUCUCGGCCGGUUUUGACAUCAACACCCCAGACAACUUUGGGAGGACCUGUCUACACGCUGCUGCCUCUGGAGGGAAUGUUGACUGUCUCAACCUGCUCUUAAGCAGUGGAGCUGACAUGAAUAAGAAGGACAAGUUUGGAAGGACUCCUUUGCACUAUGCGGCUGCUAAUGGGAGGUAUCAGUGUGUGGUGGUUCUGGUAGGAGCAGGGGCGGAGGUCAAUGAGCGUGACCGCUCUGGCUGUACACCUCUACACUACUCGGCUGCAUCGACUGCCUUCUGCAGAAUGGACCGACCCCAUGCCAGCACCCAUCAGAACCAAGAGGAUGGGGAGAAGGAAUCCUUCCUUUGCGUGGAGCAUUUGUUGGAUAAUGGCGCUGAUCCAUCUCUGUGCAACACUAAAGGAUACAGUGCUGUGCAUUAUGCUGCAGCCCACGGCAACAAACAAAACCUGGAGCUGCUUUUGGAGAUGUGCUUCAACACACUAGGAGACAAGGAGAGCAACGGGUCCAUCAGCCCACUACACUUGGCGGUGGAGUCUGGUCACUGGGAAUGCGUCACUGUGUUAAUCGAGUCUGGAGGGUAUGUGGAUGCCUGUGACCCGGUGGGGCGCUCUGUGCUAUACGUAGCUUCUCAAAGAGGACAUGUCCGCUGCGUAGAGCUGCUCCUCUGCCAAUCAGCAUCUUGCCUGCUCACAGAGCACCGCAGCAAAUGGGGCCCUCUUCAUGUUGCAGCUGCCAACAGCCACUCAGAAUGUCUGCGGAUGCUGCUCUGUAGCGAGGGGGGAGCCGAUCUCGUUAAUGUUACAGAUGCAGAGGGACAAACUCCACUAAUGCUGGCAGUGCUGGGGGGACACACUGACUGCGUGCAUCUGCUGCUGGAGAGAGGAGCUUGCCCUGAUGUGAGAGACAGGAGAGGAAGAACAGCCUUACACAGAGGGGUGGUGAUGGGUCGGGAGGACUGUAUAACCGCCCUGCUGUCCCACAACAUCUCAGUCCUCAGCAAAGAUUUUCAGGGGCGAACCGCGGUCCAUCUAGCUGCCUCUUGCGGCCAUGCUGACAUUCUCUCCAGUCUACUUUCUGCUGCUGACCACACCCACCCCCACGACCCAAUCACAGACCUCCACGGCUACACACCCACACACUGGGCAGCCUAUCACGGUCAUGAAGACUGUUUGGAAGUUUUACUUGAACUUAAACCAUGUAGUAUCCAGGAGGGAAACCCCUUCACCCCACUGCACUGUGCUCUCAUUAAUGGCCAUAGUGGUUCUGCAGAGCUGCUGUUGGACUCCAGUGUUUGUAAUUCGCUGGUAAACAUCAGGGAUGCCAAAGGAAGGACCCCACUUCACGCGGCCGCAGCUGCCGAGGAUGUGGCUGGGCUGCAGCUGGUUCUGCGGCAUGGAGCAGACAUCAACGCCGUGGACCACUCAGGUCGUUCUGCACUGAUGGUGGCGGCCGACAAUGGCCGAAGUGGUGCUGUGGCCCUGCUGCUGCACCGAGCCAAAGCCGACCUGUCCCUCCUGGAUGUGAACAAGAACACUGCCCUGCACCUGGCCUGCAGCAAGGCUAAUGAAAUGUGUGCCAUGCUGAUCCUAAAGGAGAUCCACAACCCUAUCCUCAUAAAUGCAACAAACAGUAUGCUUCAGAUGCCCCUCCACAUUGCCGCCAGAAAUGGUCUGGCCACCGUGGUUCAGGCCUUGCUGAACCGUGGAGCCACAGUGCUGGCAGUGGAUGAGGAAGGUCAUACGCCAGCCCUGGCUUGUGCGUCCAAUAAAGCUGUUGCCGACUGCCUCGCUCUCAUUCUGUCAACCAUGAAGCCUUCCUCCUCCACGCCCUCUUCAUCCUCGCCGUCUUCUCCCAGCUUCAACCUGCUCAAGCACUGUGGCAUCACCGCCGCCUGUCCCCCCCUGCCCAAUGGAGGCCUUCGCCAUGGUUACGGCAAAGAUCGCCAUGGUGCUACUAUCGGCUUGGAUGGCUACUUGACCGAGUGAGGCGUUAUUACUCAAAAAAAAACAAGCUUGGUCACUUGGUUUGGUCCUCUCUACACAUCUAGAUAAACCUAUAUGCAAUUACAGCCACACAUCCCUCCUUUGCCAGUAUCAAAGCUUUUCUUCACAUUUCAGUAGAGAGCGAACACAAAAGAGGACGAAUUUAGCUAUUUAUUUUAAUUUAUUUUCCCCCACUUUCCUUUUCCUCCCACCCACUGACUCCCAUUUUAGAUGCUGUCCAUUCAGUACGAGUCUAAAAUCUAAAAUCUGAAUCUAAGCCAUCUAUUCGAACCAGUAUGAAUCACUGGCGAGUCAGUCCUUUAUUUCUUCUCCAUUUGCAGUCGAUUCGACUCGGUCCAUGUUAGACUUAUGCAGCUGUGUGUCUCCAUGGUAACAGUGAUGAUGGAUGGGUUUCCAUAUCAUGCCUCCUAUUUCCCUGACGCUGUGGCCUUGCAUAGGAAUUUACAGCCUGCCCUGAGGAACAAUUUAAACGGGUUACACUAGAUUUGCAUGAAUUUACGGGACCAUGUAUUUGAUAGUGGUCUUGUGUGUGUGUGUGUGUGCGUGCGUGCGUACACGUGUAUGUGUGACAUCCACCUUUGCUCAAUUUUUUUUUUCAUCCCAUACUUGAUUAUUACAUUUCUGAGGUUUUUAUGUGAGGUGCAAUCUUAUUCAGCACAGAUCAGGAAAAGAAACAAGCAACUUAACAGAAUCAUAUUGACAGAAGGGAAACCGUACUACCUUAAGCCAAAAGACCAAUGUCCUCCUGAUAGAGGGGUCUGAUAUGUAAUGCUCGUUUACUUGUUAGAGAGAAAAGAGAGAGUUUUCAGUUGGGUGGGUUUUGAGGUUGAAAAUUCACAUUAGGUUUAUAAUGGAGGUGUUAAGUAGUCCAGAUCACUGUUUGUAGGUGGGCAGAAGAAAGAAGAGUUAAAAGUGUCGUGAUGUUGGCCGUUUAAACAACAUUAUGAAGAUGCUACACUAAGGAAGUAUAGAAAGCACAAAUGUCAUACACAGUACUUGCUCCUUGGGACCUUUUGGUUCUAUUUAUUUUGGUUGUUUUUUGUUUUUUUUUUGGCCUCAUAAAAUAUCUUGAAUUAAAUCUACUGCUUUGCUAUAAUAAUUAGUGUGGAGUUGCUUUCACAGUGCCUACUGUAUUUAGUUUUGUCUGCCUAGGAUCCAAUCAGUUAAACCCCAUAUGCACUCCCUUAAAGUCGUUGUUAAACAAGGUUUAAGUAUUUCAUUAAAUCCGUCAUGAAUCGAUUACCUGAAUAGUUGAACGUAUGAUUCAUAUAGGCUUUGGGGAGUGUAUAUUUGAAGUUUGCACAACUGGAGUGUUCAGGCUGAUUGGAGUUUUUUUUUUUUUUUUUUUUUACACGUUUAUGGGGAGCAGUCAUGGGUAUGACCAAAGCUAAGCGAUUUCUAAAUACCAUUUUAAUAGGAACUAAUAGAUAUCCAAAAAAAAAUAUUUUCAAUUAAAGUACUUAAAUAACAUUCACCCCUGCUCUUUUUAAAUGCUUCCUUAUUGCCAAAGGUAGAUUAAUUAACAAAGUUAAGAUUGUGCUUCCAUUAGGUUUUUAGCACCUAAACACAACAUAAGAACAUUGUGAAUGAGUGUUUAAAACAUCCCCUUUUUUUCUGUGCACCACAAACAGGCAAUAUAUGAGACAAUCAGUUGAAAGGGCUUUUAAUUUUGCCAUAGAUUUCUUUUUUCCUAAACAAGCAAAACGUCAACACAUUUUUUCCCCAAUUAGGAAGAGCUAUAUAAAUCUAUAUCCCUUAAUUAAUUAAUUCAUACUUGAGGCGUGAAAUGUGGACUUGUUCUUAAUUAUACCAAUACUGUUGCUUUCACUACCGUAUAUCAGGAUUUAAGUGAUGUAGAUAGAGUAGCUUUGAAGUGUUUGUAACAUUAACUGAUAUUUUAUUAGUGAAUGAAGGUGUGUAGACAAAUGAAACGGUAACAUUAGAUGUUUAAAGGCUGUGUGGAGAGCAUAUUUAUACUGAUUUAUGAAAUGACCUCUUCGUCUUUGUAAUGACAAGUUCUGGCUGCUUAAACAAGUUUCUCCACGCAGACCUGAUAUAAAGCACUUGCUUGUUCAGUAACAAAAAAAGGAUGAAAAAAUACGCUUUUUGCAUCUAUCAUAAGCUGUAAAUGGGCAAAUAUCUGACCUCUACUUGCAAGAGUACAAAUGUGCAUGUGUGCAAAUCAGAUUAGUCAAGAUAUAUUGUAGUGUUUUGCCUGGGAAAAAAAUCUAAAUGGGCUACAUGACUAAGAGGAAGUCCCUCAUGGGAGUUUGAUUCAAGCUUAUUUACAUGUACUUGAGAUUGACUUUAUCACGUACAAUAACUUUUGCUGAGGAUUGGUGGAGGGAAUUAGUGUGUGUCUAGACAGCACAGGGUGCAAUAAUGAAGCUUGAAGUUAUUUGCACUGCCAGUUAUACUGCUUGUAGUUGUACUAAAAAAUAUUUAUCAAAUUUGUCUAGCUAGUCAUACCACAACUAGUUGAGUUCGAAAAACAAGUGCCCGUGGAGCCUUUAAUUAGUAAUGCAUUUCAUUUUGGUGCAAGAAAAAGUGCUGCUUUCGAUUGUAUCUUGGAGCAAUUUUUGAUCUUUGUCUUUGAUCUCGAGAUCUUUGUAUGUUUAUUAGAUAAAAAUAAUUAUUAUCCAGCCAAAACAAACUAAAACGUAUUUGUUUUAAUUCCUCAAAUUUAGAAAUUUCUUAUUGGCGUUGCACUAAAAUUGUUUAAUUGUUUUAUCGAAUGUAUGCCACGAUGGUAGCUGCUUGCUUCAAUGUUGGUGAAAAUCGUAAAUGCAGUAGUUAGUGAUUAAAUGAUUAGCUGGGCAAGUGGAACUUUGGAACUGAACCCUUUCAGAACCUGAUAGACUGAAGUUGUGCAUUAGGUGUUCUGUGUACUAACAAUAAGGGAGCCAGUCAAAGUGACAAGAUUUUUUUUUUUUUUUUCGUUUUUUGUAGAGUACAAUUGGUGAGGGGAGUUUUCUCCCUAAAAUCAUUUAGUGCCAUAACUUUUUUUUUUCUUUUCUUUUUCCUUUUCUCAUUUUGAUAUGUUUGUAAAAAUGUGAAUGAAUGAUUCCUUGGGUUCAGUUUUUGAGUGUGCGUCAAGACCAUUACCAAAAAAAAAAAAGACGAACAAAGUUGAAGCUAACAUAAGCUACUGUGCCCAUUUAUAUUUUUUGGAGAUCCACAUAGUGUGUUAUUGUAAAAUGCCAGUACGUUCACAAUCAGACUGUCUAAAAAUGCCAGUAUAUUGGUAACUAAGCUAUACUGAUGGGCUGGUUAGCCCUUAGUGGAGCUCACCUUCAUCUGAAAGCUUUCAUGGCUAAGCCAUAUCUUUUUAGCAUUUGCCCUUAUCAGUUGAGUAGCUGGAUUUGAGUCAUUCAGUCAAUGGCUCCUUCAAAAACAAUAUUUUGUAAAUGUUCCAUUGUAAUCGGUAGUUCAAACAAACCACUGAUAAUUUGAGGUUUAUUUCAGAGCAAUGGAAUUAUGAUACGCCUUAAUUUCAUCAUUAACUGAAGGGCAAAUUUAACAUUCACCAAAAUGACACCUUUACAUAGCUUUUCUUGUUUUAUUCUGGAUCAGCAAAUUGUGCCGUUUAAAGAGCUUGUUUUUACAUAAUUUUGCUAUGAAGGGCCAGCUUUCAUUGCCUGUUGACCAAGCUAUAAUGGUUGCAGUAACAUGCAGGCUGCUGGAAACUAGAGUUGUCUAAUAAUUGUAACCAUUUUGUUGGAAAGCAGACUAAUUGUAGCUAACUCUGUGUCCUUAUUGCAUGUCCAUCCUUGCAUUUUUGUAAACUUUUUAUUUUUUUAUUUUUUUCUCUCGCAAAGGUAUUAAUGGCUGAUAGAAUGUCUGAUUUACCUCAGUGGACCUCAGCGUCCUUACUACUUGAAGACACAUCCAUUUAAGGCAAUACUCAAAAGACCCGUUUCGUUUAACCUGUCUCUCUCCCAACUUUUUGCCUUAAGAGGAAACGGUAUAGUUCAGCAAUCACAGCACUUGAGAGAUUUUGUUAACUUGGGAUCUCUUUCCAAUGAGAUUCAUAAGAAGCACACUGUUCUAUUGGUUGUUUUGCUGAAAGAUGUACCAUAAUGGCUUCUGGCCUCCAUUUAUUAGGAGUUUUUUGCACUAGAACAUAAAAGAAUUGUCUCUCUGUUUAAUACAUAUGUGAAAAAUAUUUAGCUGUAAAAUUUAUUUGGAUUCGCUAAUAUUUGACCAACUCUACUCAUUCUCCUAAAUAAAACAAAAAGUACUGGUUUUCACUAUUGAAUAAACCUCAAUUUUCAGAAAAAAAAAAUCAUUAUGGGUAGUGAAUGGUAAAAGAUUUGGGAAUACGUAUGUCCAAUGAUAAAUUAUUUUAUACAAGGCAGAGUAGAUACAUUUUCUCAGCAUUUUUCGAUGUCUUCGUGAAAGCAUUUAGGUAGUAAAUACUUGUGUGAUGUUAUAAAUGCAAAUAUUUCUAACAACGUAAAUAACAAGAGCACAAGAUGAUGUGCUGUACAUAAUUCUUCAAGAAGUGUGGUCAGAAUUGCCUUGACAUGGCAAUCUUACCUCAUAAACUAGCCAUCUUGUGCUAUAUGUACUGGUACAUGAAAUUUGGGUGGGCUUUUAGCUACGCAUGCUCCGUGUAACUGGAAUUCUAAGGUCGCGGUCCGAGGCCUUGAAAUGGAAAACGUUGGAGUUUUCAAGGGGUGCUCUUGAACUUGAUGAUGUCCUUCACCCUGGCUUAGUGUUACUUCAUGUUUCUACUCAGUGAGCGCUGAUAGUUCAAAUUGUAAAUCUGCAAGCGAAUGAUCUAAUCAAAAAUAGCUGCUUUUUGUUGUUCUUGCCAGCAGCUUGUUUUCAUAAGGCUUUUUAGAAGACCACCGAAGCCUGACUCAAUGGCUGUUCUGACAGGGCACGUAGGGAUCCCUUUAAAAAACAUUUUCAUAUAAAAAAAAAGCUAUGCAGGAAUACUUUAUUUUAUCUCACAGAGUUGCAUAGUGCCACAAGAGAUAUCCCAAGAGCUUCAAUGACCGAUCACGGACCUUCAGACGUUCAUCUGUAAAUCUAACACUGACCUUACUUGCUUGUUGGCUUUGGUUGAGAAAAUGACUGCUUAGCGUGGCAUGCUGCUAUUUCUUUGGAGUCUGUAAGCAUCUUCAUCUCUUUAAAGUACUACACUUUGUGACGAGUAUGUGAGAUUGUGCCUUUUGUUAUCAAGUACAUGCCACAGGGUAUGGUCUUCCAUUAACACCUUUAGUGAGCCUUAUGAAUGAACAACUGUUGUAAUUUUCAAAAAUAGCCACCAUCCACGUGGUUGCGUUUUGAGCCGUCAAAAAUCGCGAUCAAAUUUCUCACGACACCGCAAAUGAAUAAAUAAUCGUUGUAAAUUGAAUUUAACCGUAACAGCGAAACAUUUGAUCGGUUCUAGCUAGUGACCUGUUCAAACUCUGUAUGGAAAAAAUAAAAUAAACGUGUUUAGUUUUACAACGUGUGAACUCUUUAGUGAAGUAGAUGUGUGCCGUGUUGUUUUUUGUGUGGUAAUGCAUUGGAGAUUAGUUGUAACCCAGUGUCUUGUAGAAUGUUGGCAUGACUCCUUUUCUCUAUGUUGUAUUGACGUCAACGUAUCCAUCUGAAAUGGACUAAAGUGCAAUAACUUUUUUUGUGCGCCAUAGUAUCCUUAAAGGAGGAAAAUGCCCUCUUACGUCAUCCAUCGUGUUUUUUUUCUUUAAGCAGGGUAUUUCAGUUAUUUUAUAAAUUUCAGUUUCAGUUACAAAUUUGAACUCCUUCCUGCUUUGCCUCCAUAAGUGGCACUUUCUUGUGGAAUGUACAAUGGACUUAGUGUAAACUGUGAUGGGUGUCAGCCUUAUCAAUUAUUAUUGCUUACUGGAAAGAUGGAAUUUCUGUUUGCUCAUUGGUUGAUUGGUCAGGGAGUGCUGUUUUCCAUGUUCCUUCUCCCAGUGCCAUGUAAAGUCAGUGUCUGCUUUCGUGGCAUGUCAAGCAUUUGUGUGUGUGUGUGUUGGGGGGUGUAUAGACCUGUUAAUUUACCUCUAAUCAAUUGAUUUGAUACCAAAAGCAAAGUGCAUUGCCUAGAAAUACAGUUUUUUUUGGGGGGGGGGGGGUUGGUUUGCAUUUGAGAUGUGAUGGUUCUAACUCUGUAACUUGAAAGUUGUUGUUAUCACCAGGGAAAUAUGCAGGGUUUGCGUUCUCCCCACACAUCAUUUGAACUUUGGGCCAUAUGUUAUGUGGUACCAAAAAAAGUUUCAUGGAUUAUUAGAUCAGAUCUUUACUUUUUAUUUUUUUGGUCUGACAUCAAGAUGCCAAAAUUUGUGAUUUAAUGUCUUCAUACGUUUUAGAAAAUAAAAUAAAAAAUGGAACCUGUACCAUAAAGAAACAUUCCUUCGAAUUUCAUUGUACAAAACGAAAGUACCGUUGACAACCAAUACCUGAAGUCAUAUGAUAAUCUUCAGAAUACCUUAAGUUGUAACUUACUUCAAGGUCCUUUUGGCUUCAAGCAAUCAAUGAUUUCAUAUUUGAUAUCACAGGGAGCACACUGAAUAAAGUAAUCUAGUAUUUCACAACAUAGGACCAACGUAUGUCUCUGUAGAGAUGGCCACUUGAUUUCAUUCAAGAACAAGCAAUACAAGUAUCGAGAGACAAUUGUAUAUUUCUAAAGAUUUGUUGGCUCUGGCUGUUUUUGGCCUAGCUAUGUUAUCUGUGGCACCUUAGGUUAACACCCUCUUCUUGUAACUGAAUCCAACAUAAGAGAUUUCAGUGCUGAGAGAGCCUUAUUUCAGUCAAACUGAAUGUGAAUUGGAUGUGUGCAGGAUUUGGCCAUUUCGAAGCGACUGGCUUUAAUCAAGCGGACCUCCUGCGUCCCGUGUUUGAAUCCAGUUUCAAUAGGACCCGCCGUCUUUAAGACUUUCCAAAAGAUUGCUAUUACAAAAAAAACUAAAAUACUAUACAGUGGCUAUGUUUCCAUUGCCAAAACGCCAAAAUACAGGGUUACUGUCACUGCUUCCAAGCUCUGCUUGAACAUGCCAAGUAUUUGAAACGCAUUACAACAUGAAAGAAAUGUGACCCUGACUUUAAAAAAUAAAAAGCCACAAAACUGCACUAUUUACUUGAGUAUUGAACUCCAAGUCGUUCUCUGCUAAUUGUUUCGGCAAUGGAAACCUAGUGACUGAUCGUGUAGGGCAGCACCCAGUGCGUUUGUGUUGUGUGUGCGAGUGCGACGAACAGGGGUCAUAUCAACCCUGUAUACCUCAUCAACAUAUCUGCAAAUAUUCUUAUCCUGUCUUUAAGUUGAACGUGUAAGAGAUACCAUCACCAGCAGAAGCCUGAGACCAUUGCAGGGUCUAUGACAUCACACCAAUUCCGUAUCAACCAAGAUCACCACUUGCUUGCGUAAAAAAAACCUGCCGCUCCGCUUCAGGCCUGACCCAUCGCUGACACAAUGCUUUAGAUUUAGCCAAACGUGAGGCAUUUUAAGUAGCAUUAUCCUACCUCUGUGUUACAGCUUGUUGCGUUGAAAACUCCACCAAUUGUUGACAAAUGGAAAUGUAUAUGUAUAUGGAACAGAUAUAUAACUUCUAACCAACAAUCGGUGAUAUAAGACAACAGUUAGCGUACUUGAUUUCGUGUCUGUCUGUGUGUAUCAUGAAAAUUGUUAGUGUAUACACAACAGAGUACCACUGGAAUGUGAAGCCAGACUGUAUUAUUAUUAUUUUUAUUUUUUUCAAAUCCAACUUCCUCCCCAUUAUAUUUCAAAUGAUGUCAUAUGUGUCUUGCCGCUAUUGCUUCUUUCAUUUUUCUUUUUGGAAAAAAAAACAGGGGAAAAUAUCAGCCUAUAAUAGCUGGCGUUUACAUUCGUGCUCGUUUUUCCCUCCGUUUCUGUGUCUCUUUCACUUACUCUCACUUCUAAAUGUUCACUGUGAGCGCUCUGAACUCAAGUUUACAGCUCUUCGUGGUAUGUACGUGUAUCUGGUCGAGUUCAGUAGAGUGCGUGGUUGGUUGUAUGACUUUGGUACUGAAGCAACAACUCAAUUUUCUACUGGUGGUGGGGGUUUGAAAGGGGGUUGGUUGGUUUGAGUUAUGCACAUUUAUUCUGUACUAAAAUAUGGGGUAUGUAGAGUUCCCUAGCCUUACACCCUUCCAAAAACACUACGCCGGUCACUGGCUAAUUAGCGUUAGCUGUCCACCACCCUGACAACUUUGUACCUUUGUACAUAUCUGUUUUGGACCUGGGGCACGGGGCUGAAUCUGUUAGGACAGUCACGUGACCCCUCCUAGACCUGAGGAAGGAGAACCCUCACCCUUUCAACCCCACUAAAAGACCUCAAGCCAUUCAUUUCCUUAUGUGACAAUGCAAUCCUGAAAGCACUUUGCCUUGUUAAUUCAUAGUAUGAGCUUGUGAAUGGUUACUUGUUACUAACAGAUGUGAAACUCUGUACAUGUAUUUAAGUAAGAAAGAACAUAAUCAUUUUUAAUUUGAGCUUAUUAAAAAUGAAAUGGUCUCUCUGACUUUAAAGACAAAAAAAAAUCCCAUCUGUUUUUGUUAGUCAGGUUCAUGAACUGCUGCAGCCAGUAGGUCUUGUCAUUCAGUAUCGUGGCUUAGAAUUGGUAAUGUUGAAAUAAAAUGCUAUUGCUACAUAUAA